CAGCCUGCCUCUCUUGACCUUACCUUACCUCACUACUCCAUCCACCCUCGACCGACCGCACCUCUUCAAUCACGGCGAUUGUCCUGCAACAUCCAAGCAAAUCGUCAAUUCACAUACCACCACACACAUCUCCGAUAAUCCGUCCCUCAAUCAGUCAGUCACCAUGGCUUCAGGAUACGACAGAGCGUUGUCCGUCUUCAGUCCUGAUGGACACGUUUUCCAGGUCGAGUAUGCUGGCGAAGCUGUCAAGAGAGGAACGUGUGCGGUCGGCGUCAAGGGUACAGAUGUCGUCGUCCUCGGAUGCGAAAAGCGAUCAGCCAUGAAGCUGCAAGAUACCCGAAUUACCCCUUCCAAGAUUCAGCUCCUCGACACUCACGUCUGCCUGGCAUUCGCCGGCUUGAACGCCGAUGCUCGCAUCCUCGUCGACAAGGCGCGGUUAGAGGCACAGUCCCACAGACUCACCGUCGAAGACCCCGCCUCCAUCGAGUACAUGACCAAGUACGUUGCUGGUGUCCAGCAACGGUACACACAGAGUGGUGGUGUUCGUCCCUUUGGUAUUAGCACCUUGAUUGUUGGCUUCGACAGCGGCAGCAAGGUCCCCCGCCUUUACCAGACCGAGCCCUCUGGCAUCUUCUCCGCAUGGAAAGCCAACGCCAUCGGCCGUUCCAGCAAGACCGUUCGCGAGUUCCUCGAGCGCAACUACAAGGAGGAUAUGGACAGAGAGGCUACCAUCCGACUCGCCAUCAAGUCUCUUCUCGAGGUUGUCCAGACUGGAGCCAAGAACAUUGAAAUCGCGUUGAUGGCACCGGGCAAGACGAUUGAGAUGCUGCCCGUGGAGGAGAUUGAGAACCACGUCAAGAGCAUUGAGCAAGAGAAGCAAGAGGAGGCGGCCAAGAAGAAGACUGGACGCACACCCGGCACCGGAAGCGCGGCGAUCCUCACGAGAGGCUCGGGCUCGGGUGACGGUGACGAGUAAGGAAAUGACUAGGCGUUGCGGUUCGCGGAUAGACGACACUCAUGAGGGUAUCUGACCAAAUACCAAUGUAUUACCAC